GGCCUUUCGUACCGGGAACCGUUUCCGGGGCGGAGACUUUUUUGCAGCUGACCCGGCACGGCGGGUGACGCGAAGGCCCAGGCGGAAGUGCGGGCGGCGGAUCCGGAGUCGGAUCCCGGGCCAGGAGCCGGGUCUGUGGGCUCCAAGCUGGGGUUGGUUGGGGUGCCGCCAUGGCGACCCUGUGGUGGGGAGGCCUCCUGCGGCUCGGCUCGGUGCUCAGCCUGUCCUGCCUGGCGCUCUCCUUGCUGCUGCUGGUGCAGCUGACAGACGCGGCCAAGAAUUUUGAGGAUGUCCGGUGUAAAUGUAUCUGCCCGCCCUAUAAAGAGAAUUCUGGGCAAAUUUAUAAUAAGAACAUAUCACAAAAAGAUUGUGACUGUCUUCAUGUUGUGGAGCCCAUGCCUGUGCGGGGACCUGACGUAGAAGCAUAUUGUCUGCGCUGUGAAUGCAAAUAUGAGGAGAGAAGCUCUGUCACAAUCAAGGUUACCAUUAUAAUUUACCUUUCCAUUUUGGGACUCCUACUUCUGUAUAUGGUGUAUCUUACCCUGAUUGAGCCCAUACUGAAGAGACGCCUCUUUGGACACUCACAAUUGAUACAGAGUGAUGACGAUGUUGGGGAUCAUCAGCCUUUUGCAAAUGCCCAUGAUGUGCUUGCCCGCUCCCGCAGUCGAGCCAAUGUUCUGAACAAGGUAGAAUAUGCCCAGCAGCGUUGGAAGCUUCAAGUUCAAGAACAGCGAAAAUCUGUCUUUGACCGACAUGUUGUCCUCAGCUAAUUGGGAAUAAAAGUCAAAGUGACCAGAAAAAAAA